UGUGGGACCCCUGAUGUACAGGAAGGCAGGACUUCAGUGAGGAACAUUUCCCUCACUCAGGACAGGAAAGUGUCUUAUUCCUCGUGUGAGAUCUCAGAUGUGUGGAAAGAUGGGACUUCACUAAAAAACAUUUCCCGCACUCAGAACAGGCUUCUCCCCCGUGACAGGCAAAAGGCUUCUCCCCUGUGUGAGAUCUCUGAUGUUUGGGCAGAUUGGACUUCUGUGAAAAACAUUUCCUGCACACAGCACAGGAAUACGGCUUCUCCCCUGUGUGAGAUCUCUGAUGACUGGAAAGAUGGUAUUUCUCUGAAAAACAUUUCCCGCACUCAGGACAGGAGUAUGGCUUUUCCCCUGUGUGAGAUCUCUGAUGUUUGUGCAGACUAGACUUCUGUGAAAAACAUUUCCCGCAUGCAGCACAGGAAUAUGGCUUCUCCCCCGUGUGAGAUCUCUGAUGUUUCUGCAGACUUGAACGUCUGUGAAAAACUUUUUCCGCACUCCGGACAAAAAUAUGGCUUCUCUCCCCAGUGUGAGAUCUUAGAUGUCUGACAACUUUUGAUUUUUCUACAAAACAUUUCCCGCACUCAGAAACAAGAGUACGGCUUCUCCCCCGUGUGAGAUCUUUCAUGCACAUUAAGUUUGUAUUUAGAAUGGAAACCCUUCCCGCACUCAGUACAGGAGAACCUCUUCCC